AUGGAGAACCCUUGGAGAACGAAUGCUUACGGUUGUUUUCUCAUCGUGUGCAUCUUCUUCCUCUUCUUCUCCUUAUCGUGCUCUCACGCAUCCGCACAUGCCAAAAAUAAUGAUUUCAUACCAAACAAUAGGCUGAAGCAAGCGCACCAUGCCUUUGAGGCAUGGAAGCAAGCCAUCUACUCCGAUCCAAUGAACUUCACCACCAACUGGGUUGGCCUUGACGUCUGCUCCUACAAUGGCGUCGUUUGCGCCCAGGCUCCUGACGACCCCUCGCUCACCGUGGUGGCGGGAGUCGACCUCAACAAUGGGGACAUUGCCGGCCACCUCCCCAAUGAGAUCGGCAACCUUACCGACCUCAGUCUCCUCCACUUGAACUCCAACAGAUUCUGCGGGCUCGUUCCCAAGAGCAUCAAGAAGCUCACGCUUUUAUAUGAGCUGGAUCUGAGCAACAACCGCUUCGUGGGACCAUUCCCUAAGGUUGUCCUUGAGCUGCCGCAGCUCAAGUACCUUGAUCUAAGGUUCAAUGACUUCGAAGGGGAGCUUCCGGAAAAAUUGUUUGAUAAGGAGCUGGAUGCCAUCUUCAUGAACAACAACCGAUUCAGGUCCACCAUUCCUGAGAAUCUAGGGAACUCCCCUGCUUCCGUAGUAGUGCUGUCUAGUAACAACCUCAUAGGGUGCCUUCCACACAGCAUCGGGGAGAUGGCAGGCAGUCUGGACGAACUGAUUGUGUCGGAUAAUAAACUAUCAGGAUGCAUGCCGGAGGAGGUCACCCUACUGAACUCGACAGUGAUUUUCGACGUGAGCAGGAACAGGUUCAUCGGGGACUUGCCGGUGGGGAUGGAAUACAUGCAAAGGUUGGAGGUUGUCAACAUAGCCAUGAACAAGUUCAGGAGCAACGUGCCGGAAAGCGUGUGCAGCUUGCCUAACUUGAAGAACUUCACGUACGCCUACAAUUACUUCGACGCCAAGCAUGCAAGCUGCGACCACGACGCCAUCCCGGAGGUGAUGUUCGAGGGUGCUAACAACUGCAUUCCUGGGGAGUUAGCGCAGAGGACUGAGAAUCAAUGUCGAACGGUGUUGAGCAACACAGUGGAUUGUAAAGCUCAAGGGUGUCGUGAGCCGGAGCACGGAGAGUCUCCCAAGGGGAAGCUUGAAUCACCGCCACAACUGGACACACGUCCACUACCCUCCAAGCCGAAGAGGACUACUUCCACCCCGCCACAACCUGAGACCUUCUCUCCGCCAUCCAAGUCACCCAUUCCACAACCUGAGCCAUCCAAGCCGGGGCAGCAGACUCCCCCCCAGUCACAACCUGAGACGCCUUCCAAGCUGAAGCAAAAAACUCCCACUUCGCCACAAUCCGAGACGGCUCCUUCUCCGUCACAACCUAAGCCACAUGAGAAGGCUCCUACACUUUCGCCUCAGAAGGGUCCCUCUCCUUCGCCACAACCAGAGAUGGCUCCUACUCCAUCACAACCUAAGCCACAUGAGAAGGCUCCUUCUCCGUCACAAUUUGAGACACUUUCGCCUCCGUCCAAGUCACAUCAGAAGGGUCCCUCUCCUUCGCCACAACCCGAGAUGGCUCCUACUCCGUCACAACCUAAGCCACAUGAGAAGGCUCCUUCUCCGUCACAAUUUGAGACACUUUCGCCUCUGUCCAAGUCACAUCAGAAGGGUCCCUCUCCUUCGCCACAACCCGAGACGACUCCUUCUCCGUCACAACCUAAGCCACAUGAGAAGGCUCCUUGUCCGUCACAAUCUGAGACACUUUCGCCUGCGUCCAAGUCACAUCAGAAGGGUACCUCUCCUUCACCACAACCCGAGAUGACUCCUCCAUUACAACCUAAGCCACAUGAAAAGGCUCCUUCUCCGUCACAAUCUGAGACACUUUCGCCUGCGUCCAAGUCACAUCAGAAGGGUCCCUCUCCUUCACCACAACCCGAGAUGACUCCUUCUCCAUCACAACCUAAGCCACAUGAGAAGGCUCCUUCUCCGUCACAAUCUGAGACACUUUCGCCUGCGUCCAAGUCACAUCAGAAGGGUCCCUCUCCUUCGCCACAACCCGAGACGGCUCCUUCUCCGACACAAUCCGAGUCACUUUCACCUCUGUCCAAGUCACAUCAGAAGGGUCCCUCUCCUUCGCAAGAACCAGGGAGUCCGGUGCCUUUGAAACCCGAGUCGAGUCCAUGGUUUGAUCAAUCACAUCCGUCUCCUUCCCAACCAUUGGGCGUCCACUCCCAGCCACCAACAGUGCACUCGUCUCCUCCAUCGGGCGUCCAUUCCCAACCACCAACAGCACAAUCGUCUCCUCCACCAAUCGUCCACUCCCAGCCACCGCCAAUGCUCUCUCCGCCUCCACCCCUCCACUCCCCACCACCACCACCACUAGUCCAUUCUCCGCCCCCACCGGUCCACUCCCCACCACCACCCGUCCAUUCCCCGCCCCCGCCAGUCCACUCUCCUCCACCUCCAGUCCAUUCCCCACCACCACCAGUCCAUUCCCCGCCCCCACCUGUGCACUCUCCGCCACCACCAGUCCACUCCCCACCUCCGCCCGUCUUCUCCCCACCUCCACCCCCGCCAGUGCACUCUCCGCCACCACCAGUCCACUCUCCACCACCACCCGUCCACUCUCCACCACCACCAGCACCGCCUACAUUCACUCCAAUUGAUCUGCCGAUGAACUUGGGCGCCAAAUACCAAUCUCCUCCGCCACCAGCAAUCCAGGGCUACUAAAAAAAGCUUUGUAAUGUCAUCAAAUCUCACCUAAUUCAUGACCUGUUGUCAACUAAUGUACAACGCGAACUCACUUCCUUAAGCUUCACCUUCUCUUUCUUUUUUUUUCUUUAUUACUACUGGAGUAUCAUUUUUGGGGUUUUCAACAAGUACAUUCUCUUACAUACACACAACACCAAAAAAAUAACCUUCCAUUUUGAGACAUUUUUUUACCUCG